UGUUCCUCGGUCUGCCUGUUGAAAUCCUUGAGCGUUUCCUCCUUGUUCCAGGAGCAGCAGGGUGGAGGACCUGAACGGCAGCUCCAUUUCCCACAGAAGGGAAAGUUUCCAUGUUGGCUCGCUGGGGGGCUUGGAGGAGGCGCAGCGGAGGGAGAAGGGAGCCGUCCCAGGACACCGACCCCCAGAAGGGCAGGUGCUUAUCAACCGCCGGCAUCAGAAGCGGCUUUCUCACCAUCUGAAAGUCUCCCUGGGCUUGCCACCUUCUCUCGCCAAACCACCCGGGACGCGGCACCGCUGGGUCCCUUUCACCCUCCAAGCGGCGUCUCUCGAUGGAUGAGAGCUCCUAACCGCCCGUCCUCAGCAGCUGGGAAUCCACCAGGCAGGAAGCUGGAAGCGCCCGUAAACAUGAGUGAUUUUUGGCACAAGCUGGGGUGCUGCGUGGUGGAGAAACCGCAGCCGCAGCAGAAGAGAAGACGGCGGAUCGACCGCAGCAUGAUCGGGGAGCCGAUGAAUUUUGUCCACCUCACACACAUCGGGUCCGGCGACAUGGCGAACGAAGGCCUCCCUGUGUCAGGAGCAGUCCAGGAAAUGAGGUCGAAGUGCGGGCGAGAGCGACCGUGGAGCAAUUCCCACAUUUUGUAACUGUGGAGUUCCUCCCCUGCCCCUUUCAGAGCUAACUAAUUACAAAAGAAAAAAAAACUGUAAAAAAAGAAGAAAGAAAUUAAGAAAGAAAUGCACAUCUGCAUCACUGAAUUUCCUGUUCGGUCUUGUCGAAAACAGGUUGCCAAACUCAAAACCGUUGAGCGCAUGAGUCACUUCGUAACUUACCUUUUUUUGGGGUAUGAGCAGCAGCCACGAAAUAAGUCCACUCUGCACGUGGCCAGCUGCUGGGCUUGUGCUUAAUUGUCUGCUCAGCGGCACCCACCCCGCUUGGUGAGCAGAGCGGGGCCUGUGUUCUGUUACAGCUUUGCAGAGAAGGGCGGGUUUCCUAGAGGGAACUGACCAGCGAUGCUUCCCCAGCCAACACAUGAUCAGUCGGUGUGUUUCGGUUCCUUUGUAGACUGUUCCUUCUCCGAAGGAGCAACCAGAUAGGCCAAAUUAUUCGUGUUUCUGCCGAGGUUUGUCCACUGGAUUCUAUUCUUAAGGAUGCAUCCUGGCCACAACGCGAGGCCUUUUGGGCGCCCUCCAUGUGUGCGGCCCCCGAGGCUGGCAAAUCUGGUUCUGGAUUCCCUGCAGCCCUCCAGGCUCGGGCAGCCGGUGCUGAAUCAGGGUUGGCGACGUUACUGUUGCUGGCCAGCGGGCACCGAUUCUUCCGACGAGGCAGGAACGGCGUUCCCUGCGGACCAAGCUGAACCGAAACAGCAAUAUGGAGCUUGGGAUUUUUCUCCUCGAGGCGGGGGGUCUUGCGCGACUUCCUCUCCUAAAUCAAUCGCCUCCCUGCUCUUUCGGCAAAUGGGGAUCCAGAGAAAUCCACCCCCACAGCAGCGUGCAGGAACCCUGGGAUCGAGGGAUAAGCCUCGGCGCUCCAUCGAGAAACCUACGGCAGCCGGGAAUUCCCUCUCGGCCCCCUUUGGAAGCCCCUGUAGAUGGAACAGCCGGGGGCCGAAGCAAAAAUUGCACCCGCCAGGCGAGAAGUGCCACCUGUCUGUAAGCGUGCAGAAGGCGAUUGGAGAGAAUAUCCCACGGUGAAACAGGAGGUUUGGUGCCGAGACAUUCGUCCGAGGGUCGCACACCUGCCGCGGCAUUUGAUCCUGGGAUGGGAUGGUCCUCUUCUCCAGCGAGACUUCUGUAAAAAAGGUGGAGGCUGCCCCAUAGAAAUCCGCGAUUCUCCCGGUGCUCACUCCUUGGUUCCCGUGCUGAGGACCUGACUUUCAAACAGCCACCUGCAGGAGCCAGAACGGACCUUUAGACUGGUCCGGCCUGGGGGAGGAGAAAAUACUUUCCAAAGUCCAGGGUCAGCUUUUGCAGCAUCCUGACACCCAUCUGGGGUUGUGGAAGAUUUCUCAGCCCAGGGCGGGGGCCCCCCGCACUCUCUCCAAAACUUGCAGUCCGCACGAUGCCACAGGCUGAGCAGGGGGAUCCUCUGCUGAUUUCCACUGCCACGCCCAGCCCAGUUUGCUUUCUGCUUUUCCUUCGUGGGUCUUGCAUUCCUUGCAAGCAGGUCUCAAGGGGUCAGUUCCAGAGAAGAAACCUUAAGAAGCAAAUAAAGAAAUUCUGACGUUUCCCCCCCCCCCUUUUCCUGGCCCUAGAGCUGCUAGACGGCAGUAGAUGUAAAAUUAAAGGUGCCGUUUUUUUCCCCGUUUCCUGCGUGUGCUGACCACGCAAAAGUUAAAUUUCCAAGCAGAGCAGCUGUUUUGCUACCGAAUUUUUAACCUUCUGGCCUUCCAAAGCUGGAGGACUUCAACUUCCAUUAUUCCUACCAUAUGUUGGCUGAGGGGAUCUAUAAUUUAACUUACCUGGAGAGCAUCUCUUUUUCCCGCCAACAAUUUAGCGGAUGGGUCAAUGUUUUUUUUGUUUUUUUUUAAAAAGUAGAACUUUUGCCAUGUUUAUUUUUCCCAGCUGGUCUGGGGUUAAAAAUUAUUGCUUUGGGAAGAAGAAUAGCUGGUCUGUUCGACUGUCUUUUAUUAGCCAGAAAGUUAUCUUUAUUCUUUUUGCAAACAAGAAAACUAUCGUGUGAGUGUGGAGGGAGGGAGAGAACUUGUUUGAAUAUUACUUUGUUUUUCUAAAAAGGAGUGUUACCAGCAAUUGACACACUGAAAUCUGGGGGGAAGGGAGUGCUGUAUUGGGCUGGUCUGUUUGUUUGUUUUUUAAUGUUUUUUAGGCUUAGAGCAACAGAAGAAUUAUGUAAUCUAUUUCUUCUUUCUCGUUAUCUUCCUGAAUGUUUCUCCCCCGUGUUCCAGAGUGUAACGUAUGCUUGGAAAAACAAAAUUAAAUGGCAAAGGAGAA